AUGCGACCUUUCAGUCGACCGAUUGCGCGCCCGUCGGCGCAGGCAAGAUUGCUUCAGCCUAUGCAAUCGCUUCGCCAAUCGUCGCAUUCUCCACUGGGAAGCUCAUCGCUGCCGACGCGCAAGAAGGUCACACUACCAACGAUCAUGUCGCUGUACCGCAAGAACGAACCCAUCACCGUCAUCACCGCCCAUGACUUCCCCUCCGCACAUGUAGCCGAUCAGGCAGGCAUGGAUAUCGUUCUUGUUGGCGACUCGCUUGCAAUGGUAGCGUUGGGCAUGGACGAUACCAGCGAAGUACUCAUGGAGGAAAUGCUGUUGCAUUGCCGUAGUGUGGCUAGAGGUGCUAAGUCUGCUUUUAUCGUCGGCGACCUCCCCAUGGGCACCUACGAAAUCUCCCCCGACCAAGCCCUCGCUUCCGCAAUCACCAUGAUCAAGACCGGCCGCGUCCACGCCAUAAAACUCGAAGGCGGCGCAGACAUGGCGCCUACAAUCAAAAAGAUAACAUCUGCUGGUAUACCCGUCCUCGCCCACGUAGGCUUGACACCGCAACGUCAGAACUCCCUCGGUGGCUUCAGAGUCCAAGGCAAAACCACAGCAUCUGCAUUGAAACUGCUGGACGAUGCAAUCGCCGUACAAGAAGCCGGCGCUUUCGCCAUGGUCGUUGAAGCCGUACCCGCUGAAAUCGCAACACUGGUGACGAAAAAGCUGCGUGUCCCUACCAUAGGUAUUGGCGCUGGAAAUGGAUGUUCUGGUCAAGUCCUCGUACAAGUGGAUAUGCUAGGCAACUUCCCUCCCGGUCGUUUCCUGCCCAAAUUCGUAAAGAAAUAUGGAGACGUUUGGGGAGAAGCUUCGAGGGCGAUUGCGCUGUACAAAGAGGAGGUGAAGAGUAGAGUAUAUCCUGCUAUUGAGCAUACUUAUCCCAUGCCCAAGGAAGAGCUGGCGGAAUUCAGAAGGUUGAUUGGGGAGGAAAUUGGGGGAGGUGAGAAGGAGUAG